GCCGUCGCUGACGUUCAGACCGAGCAGGCGUCCUGCCCCCACUGAGGAGCUACACUCGGGUAUCUUCUUGCAACUGAGUAUCUGGCUGUGGCUGCAAAAAAACCCAACAACAACCAACAAAAAAAACAAAACAUAUGUCAUAACCAAAAUGGUGGAGCAUUAGAAAAAGACUCCCAGAGUUUCUGGCUGAGGUUAAGCAUGGCGGACAGAAAAAGAAAACCAGCCGCCUCCAUCAAACCGAUCACAAAAAAAGAGAAAGUAGAGCUAAAGAAAAAGGAGGAAGAGAAAGCUGCUGAAGUUUUUGAAGAAUUUGUUGCAUCUUUUGAAACCAGUGAAAAAAGCAAAGUAAAGACUUUUGUACGUGGGGGAAUUGUAAAUGCGACUAAAGAGGAGGAAGAAUCAGAGAUCAAGAAAAGUAAGCUGUACCGACCCGCCACAAAGUUUGUCCCUGUGUCUCAACAUUCCUCACCAACGUCCUUGUCUGACAGCAAAAAGUCUGCUUUCAAAAAGAAGACAGAAGAAAAGAAGAAGAGCAAUCUCGAACUUUUUAAAGAGGAACUUAAGCUCAUUCAGGAGGAACGUGAGGAAAGGCAUAAAAGGAAGAAAAAUGACUUUGAGGCUGGAGGAGAAGGAGGCGGAUAUGGAGAUCUGGACGUUCCAUUAUCGGGACGAUCAAUGCUGUACGACGACCUGACGGCCCCAGUCACCACUAAUCUCUACAUUAACUGCAUUAGCCCCAAGAUGAACGAAGACCUACUCUGCAGAGAGUUUUGUAAAUAUGGCCCCUUGGCCAGCGUGAAGAUCAUGUGGCCCCGAACGGACGAGGAGCGCUGCAGGACUUCAAACAGAGCCUUUGUGGCUUUCAUGACUCGGAAAGAUGCAGAGAGAGCCAUGGCUGCUCUAGACGGUAAAGUGAUUAUGGGCUUUGAAAUGAAGCUCGGAUGGGGCAAACCAGCCCGUAUCCCGCCUCAGCCUCUGUACACACCAGCUGGGGUGAGGGUGGCACCUCCUCCCCCAUCUGGUCUCCCUUUCAACGCUCAGCCCCGGGAUCGCUUCCGCAACGACUUCACAAAGCCGCUGGGCUCGUCCAAAGCAGAGCUGGACAAGACUCUGUCCGAAGCCGUAGUCAAAGUGGUUAUCCCAACCGAAAGGAAUCUGUUAUUCCUUAUUCACAGGAUGGUAGAGUUUGUGGUGCGUGAAGGCCCGUUAUUUGAAGCCAUGAUAAUGAACAAAGAAAAAAACAACCCAGAUUACAGGUUUCUUUUUGACAACAAAAGCCAAGAUCAUGUGUAUUACCGUUGGAAACUGUUCUCUAUCCUCCAGGGCGAGUCCCCGACAAAGUGGAGGACAGCAGAGUUUCGGCUGUUCAGAGGCGGCUCCUUAUGGCGACCCCCCAUCCUCAACAGCUACACUGAGAGGAGCGACGAGGGAGCGGCGGUCGAGGAGGCCGCUCCUCCCGAGGAGGAGGUGAAGAAGGGCCAGCUCAGAGCUGAGCACCGACAGAGACUGGAGACUCUUGUGGAGGAGCUGACUCCCAGCAGGGAGGAUAUCGCCAGCGCCAUGUUGUUCUGUCUGGACCGGGCAGAUGCAGCAGAGGAAGUCGUGGGACACAUUUCAGAGUCCUUUUGUUCGCUUCAAGUUCCCCUUCAGAAGAAGAUUUCUAGAUUAUAUCUCGUGUCGGACAUCUUGCACAACUCGUGCGCCAAAGUAGCCGGGGCGUCAUAUUAUCGGAAAUAUUUUGAAAGCAAGCUACCACAGAUAUUUGAGCAUCUACAUGCAGCACAUAAAAACAUUCAAGCCAGACUGCAGGCUGAGCAGUUUAAGCAAAAGGCCAUGAACUGUUUUAGAGCAUGGGAAGACUGGGCCAUAUAUCCCCAGCCUUAUCUAAUCCAGCUUCAGAACAUCUUUUUGGGGUUCGCCAAAGCAGGAGAGGAGGAGACGGAGACGCCGGAGGAGGUAUCUGGUGAGAUUGACGGUGCACCAUUGGACAGAAGGCUUAUAGACGGGCUUCCGUUGGGGAAAACUCCGGUGGACGACAUAGACGGCUGCCCCAUGGGCUGGGACCCCCUGGACGGAGUCCCCGUUGAUGACAUUGAUGGCGUACCCCUAAACGCUCCUAUUGAUGACAUUGAUGGAGUUCCCUUGGAUGAAAGCAAACUUCCACUCUCCAGAGUGCCUUUGUCUAAAUGGGAGAAGAUCGGUGAUAGUGCCCAAACUGACUCCAAGUGGGAUACUUUAGGGGAGCAGGAUGAUGAAAAGAAGGCUCAUAUUAGCUGCAACUCGCAGGAUGAAGACGAGGAUUCAGAGAGUGACAGCAGUGGCGAUUCCUGCAGGUCGCCCAACUAUGAGGGGGCAGUUUUCCCUCAUAUGUCUGAGAGUAAAAGAAAAAGGCUGAGGGAGGUGGAAGUAAAGGUUAUGAAACUCCAAGAUGAGCUGGAAUCUGGAAAGAGGCAGAAGAAGUCUGGAAUGAGCAUACAGCAACAAGUGGAGACCUACAGGAAGAAGCUGCUGCAGAAGGAGUUUCACAAAGACGAAGAAAAGACUGAGAGGUCGAAGUCUAAAGACGGGCAGAGGGAAGAAAGGAGACACAAAGAGAGGAGCAAAAAAAAUGAGGACGGAGACAGAAGGCUGAGCAGUAAACUUGGAGAAAAGCUGAGGAAAUCAAGGAGCAUCUCUCCAUCAAGAACAAAGUCUCCUAAAUGGUCCAAACGUUCCCGAUCGCCAUCUCCAGACCAGAAGGUCAGCAAAUCCAAGUCCCGGUCCCCGCACCGCUCCCACAAGAAGGCAAAGAAGAGCAAACACUAACCAGAUUCAGGACUCUGACAUCAGUCUCUUAUCUUGGCUCCACCUUCAACAACCCACACGAGACUCUGCACCUUUUUCUAUUGUGAAGUUUCACCACUGUACCUACUUAGAUAUAUUUUGUUUUUAAAAUGACAUGUUGCUGCAAAGCGCCAACGCUAAAUAAAUCACCGUUGGUGACGAAUG